AUGUGGUUUCAGCCUUCCAUAUCCCACUACAGACUGUGGCUGUGGUUAAGGUGUCAUAAAUUGGGAUCCUUGACAAGGUACAAAGCUUUCUUAAUCAAAGUAAUUUGAUUGGCAUAAGAUAGAACUUUUUUUCUCAUGUCAAAGUAAAAUGGAUGCCAUAAUUGUCUGCCUUUAGUAGCUAAAGUACUCUUGUCUUUUUUUUUCCAGCAUGUUGAAUUUACCCAUUCCUGAUGUGGACUUGAAAUAUCUGGAGAAACUCAAAGUAAGUAUAACCUUAUUGUUAUUGAUCAUGGUCAUUCUUUAGACACUGUUUUAAAGGUAAACAGGAUUUUAUAAUUUAAACUCUUAUGUUAUAAUUAUUGAACAGUAACAUUAUGUAGCUGCUGAUCAAUCUGUUUGUUUUUGUGUAAUCAGCCUCCUGUCUCUGAUGAUGUGCUGUGGGCAUUGCUUAAGAGUCAUGGAAAGAAACCUGAUGAAGGGUAUGACACCAAUUAUUUUAAUUCAAUCAAUUAAUUAAUUAAUUAAUUAUUGUGGAGCAGAGGCAAUACAUGGUGACUUGUGCUCUGUUUGAUAAAGGUGUGAUGUGCUGUUUUUAAGCAGUAACAGUGUUCUGUUGUCUUUUGCUGUAGUUUGAAGAUUCCUGAUGUGUACAUCAAACAGGCGGAGCAUCUAGUGGUAAGUAGCUUCUUUACUCUUUUUUUAAAGGAGACCUGCCAUCAAAAUUUCAUACCCAUUUUUAUCAUUUUUUCAUAAUCCUUGAUGUCCUCUGAUCAUGUUUGCAACAUAAUUUUAGCUGAAAAGUUAUUUGAUGGUUUGUUUCAAACCAUUUUAGUGUGUCUAAAAAACCUUACAGAAAAAAACAACUGAUUUCGGCUCAUUAACAUUUAUGGUAAUGAGCUUUGCUCUGAUUGGAUCGCUGCUGUGAAGCCUGCUGUGCUCUGAUUGGCUCAGCAGUGGAGGUUCGGAUUUCGGUUUAUCCAUUUUGCUAAUGUGUGCUAAAGUAAGGUGCCCAGAUGUUUGUAAUGAUAUCCGGGGAUAUUCGGUGUGGCGGCGGUGGCAGGGAGGGUGGAGGGGCUUCGUGAUCACAGACAACCUCUCUGUACUAUUUAGUAGCAGCGCAUGCCCCUUGUAAUAACCCCGUAAGAACUGUUGUUCAGGACUGCUAACUUGUGCUUCCUACCUAUUCGGCUACAGUAAUAACCGUUGUUCGAGCCCACACGCAACAUUUUUGCUCUCAUUCAUGAAACGCUUAAAACAGGGACAUUUUCGGGGACAGCUUUUGCCGGGGACAGGUCAUCCAAUUCGGGGACUGUCCCCGGAAAUCGGGGACGUCUGGUCACCUUAUGCUAAAGGAUAAAAAUGGCAGGUAUUAAACCAUAUAUUUUAGACCCCGAGUCCGAAGAGGAGGUGGAAGUUGAAGAAGAAGCCAGAGAUCUCCAGCGGUGUCUUCAUUCAUUCUGCCCAGCUUUAAAUUCAUUUUCCCGGCAGUGAACCCAAGGAAACACCGGUCGUUUGGAAGAGACCCAUAGCGGAUACAGUGGUAGCUGGGUCUCGCUCUGGCUGGAGAGUGAUGUUGACUGUGAAUGAGUAUGAGAACGAGAGAGUGGGCGUGGGUAACCAAGGAUGCGCUCGUGAAUAAUAAUGAGCAAGGUUGGCAUGACGUCAGAAGGACCUGCCUUUUCAAUUGGCCCGUUUCUUUUUUUUAAACCUUUACAGAAUGCAAACGACGUAACGGUUUGUUUUCACAUUUACAACAUAAGACGAACAUAAUAUGGACCUCAUCUGACACAAAAACACACAAAAUUACAUUUUUGAUGGCAGGUCCCCUUUAAAAUCAUUCACACUUCAACUAGAGGACAAUCCAAAGAUUGACAUAUUUGGUCAAGAUUGGUCAAGAAUGUCAACUUUGGUUUGAUAGAAGACAACAUAGGAUACCACACAACUCAUCCCAUCUUUUCAUAAUUGAUUACAUUACUUGAUAUGGUUUCAGCCUUCACUACCCCAGCACAAUUUGUGGACAUGGAUGGCGCACCAUCAUUUGGCAUCCUUGGGAAGGUAUGAAAGCCAUUUCCAAGUAUUAAAAAUGUAGUUUUUUUGUUGUUUGAACAAAGUUAAUGAACUCCGGCUGUCACAUAAGAUGGAAUGAUCCAGUUUGUCUCAGGUAUAAUGAGGAGAAAGGAGAGAUUGUCAGCCUUUGAGUUGAUGAAAUAAUUUUGUGUGUUUUUCUGUAGUUUGCUGCAUUUACCCGUCCUCCAAGUGGACUUGAAACAACUGGAGAAACUCAAGGUGAUUAUGGACUCCUUGUUUACUUGUUUUUAA